UUGGCUGUACAACGCGUGAUUACUCAAAGCAUUUUCUUAAUGGUCCCGUGAAUCGAGCAUGUAGUGGCUUAUUAACGGGACAAAUUGUAAAGGCGCGUAAUUGCAACUAUAAAAUUCAAUAUCAACAACUACUUCACUUUGUAAGGUUCUUCAGCGCUGUAUUGAAUUCCUAUUCUAAAUUUGAUUGUAUGCCUGUUUGGCGCGCGGGAACAGUCGCAUGUCAAUUGUUGGCGGGAAUACGUUGUUUUUUUUAUUUUCUUUUUACGAGUGAUAGUGAUGUGAUGUGCUGUUCGGAUUUUUGAUGUUAACGAUUGCGUUCUUCAUAGUAACCGUUGUUUUUGGUUAUUAUUUACGAAAUUUUUUGAAUAAACCAACGGAUUUGGUUGAAAGUCAGAAGAUGAGCGAUCAGGAGCAGGCUAGGUGCUCUUCGAGCGAGAGCGACAAUUUUGAGAAGAUCGACUCCGAAGACUUGCCUGAACAGAAUGGCAAGCCAGGGUUCACCGUGGGCGAGGACGAGGACGAGGGCCCGGCGAACGAAGGGGGAGACUUCUUCCCCAACGCACCCCCUCCUAAUCUGAAACCCAAGCUGACCUUAGCCCAGCAGCUCGCGUUGGCAGAGAAGAGAAGUAAACUCAAGCCGUCUAUGUCCCAGGGCACGGUGAUCCACAGCCAGAGGUUCCAGGAGAAGGACUUCACUGUCGCCACUCCGGAGGAGUUUGUCAAGCGGUUCCAGGGCACCCGGGCUAUUAAUAAGGUCCUCAUAGCGAACAACGGAAUUGGCGCUGUGAAAUGUAUGCGCUCGAUCCGAAGAUGGUCGUACGAGAUGUUCAAGAACGAACGCGCUGUGCGCUUCGUCGUUAUGGUGACCCCAGAAGACUUGAAAGCGAAUGCAGAAUACAUCAAAAUGGCGGACCAUUACGUACCCGUGCGGGGCACGAACAACAACAACUACGCCAACGUUGAACUCAUCGUCGAUAUAGCUAUCAGGACUCAAGUGCAGGCUGUAUGGGCGGGCUGGGGCCACGCCUCGGAGAACCCCAAACUACCCGAAAUGUUGCAUCGCGCCGGCGUCGUGUUUAUAGGUCCACCAGAAAAAGCUAUGUGGGCCUUAGGAGACAAAAUCGCAUCGUCUAUAGUGGCUCAGACGGCAGAUAUUCCGACGUUGCCUUGGAGCGGUAGCGACCUUAAAGCGGAAUACAACAGCAAAAAGAUCAAGAUCUCAUCAGAACUGUUUGCUCGCGGCUGCGUCACGUCCUCGGAGCAAGGUCUCGCCGCCGCGCACAAGAUCGGCUUCCCCGUCAUGAUCAAAGCCUCCGAGGGCGGCGGCGGCAAGGGCAUCAGGAAGGUGGAGAACACCGAUGACUUCCCCACCAUGUUCCGACAGGUGCAAGCCGAGGUGCCCGGUUCCCCGAUCUUCGUGAUGAAGCUCGCCAAAUCGGCCCGCCACUUAGAAGUACAGCUUAUCGCUGAUCAAUACGGUAACGCCAUCUCCCUAUUCGGGCGUGACUGCUCCAUCCAGCGUCGACAUCAGAAGAUCAUCGAGGAAGCUCCCGCCGCCAUUGCUAGACCUGAUGUUUUCAUUGAGAUGGAAAAGGCCGCAGUCCGUCUAGCCAAAAUGGUGGGCUACGUGUCCGCCGGCACCGUGGAGUACCUUUACGAGCCUGCAACCGGACAGUACUACUUCCUGGAGCUCAACCCUCGGCUGCAGGUGGAGCAUCCGUGCACGGAGAUGGUUGCCGAUGUCAACUUGCCCGCUGCACAGUUACAGAUCGCCAUGGGUCUCCCGCUGUACCACAUAAAGGACAUCCGGCUGCUGUACGGCGAGGGCCCGUGGGGGCUGUCGGCCAUCGAGCUGGACGAGCCGGCGCAGCGGCCCUCGCCCUGGGGGCACGUCAUCGCUGCGCGCAUCACUUCCGAGAACCCUGAUGAAGGAUUCAAACCAUCAUCCGGUACGGUGCAAGAGCUCAACUUCCGCUCCUCGAAGAAUGUGUGGGGCUACUUCAGCGUAGCGGCCUCGGGAGGCCUACACGAGUUCGCGGACUCGCAGUUCGGACACUGCUUCUCUUGGGGCGAGACCCGCGAGCAGGCCAGAGAAAACCUAGUAAUAGCUCUAAAAGAGCUCAGCAUCCGAGGUGACUUCAGAACCACCGUCGAGUACCUCAUAACGCUUCUAGAGACACCCGCCUUCCAGAACAACGACAUCGACACCAGCUGGCUGGACGCUCUCAUCGCUGAGAGGGUCCAGUCAGAGAAGCCGGACGUCAUGCUCGGCGUCAUCUGCGGCUCCAUCCUCAUCGCCGACAGCAUCAUCACCACGCACUUCCUGGACUUCAAGAGUGGCCUCGAGAAAGGUCAAAUCCAAGGCUCCAGUCAGCUCUCGAACUGCGUGGAAGUGGAGCUGAUCCACAGCGGCAGCAAGUACCGCGUGCAAGCGUGCAAGUCCGGACCCACGACUUACUUCCUCGCCAUGAACGGGAGCUUCAAGGAGCUGGAGGUCCACAAGCUGACCGACGGCGGCACUUUACUCUCCGUGGACGGUGCAUCAUACACCACCUACCUCAAAGACGAAGUGGACAAGUACCGCAUCGUCAUCGGCAACCAGACCGUUGUCUUCGAGAAGGAAAAGGACCCGUCGAAGCUAAGGUCCCUUUCUGCUGGGAAACUGAUCAAUUGUCUGAUUGAGGAUGGCGGGCAUGUGGAUAAGGGACAGCCUUAUGCUGAGAUUGAGGUGAUGAAGAUGGUUAUGACCCUCUCGGCGCCCGAAGCCGGCAAGAUCACGUGGAACCUCAGGCCUGGCGCUGUGCUAGAGAUGGGCUCUCUCAUAGGAACUCUGGAGCUGGACGACCCAUCAUUAGUCACCACCGCGACGCCCUACAAGGGCCAGUUCACCCACGAAGAGAAUCCUAAUCUAUCCGAGAAGCUCAGCCAGCAACACAACAAAUACCGGGCCAUACUGGAGAAUAUACUUGCGGGUUACUGUUUGCCGGAGCCAUACAACACGCCGCGCUCGCGCGAGGUCGUGGAGAAGUUCAUGCAGAGCCUGAGGGACCCGUCGCUGCCUCUACAAGAGCUGCAGGAGGUUCUAUCCUCAGCAUCAGGUCGAAUCCCUCUCGCAGUGGAAAAGAAAGUCCGCAAGCUCAUGACGCUCUACGAGAGAAACAUCACUAGUGUCCUAGCGCAGUUCCCUAGUCAACAGAUCGCUAGUGUUAUAGACCACCACGCCGCCUCCCUGCCUAAGCGGGCGGACCGAGAUGUAUUCUUCAUGAGCACACAGGCCUUAGUGCUCCUGGUUCAGAGAUACAGGAACGGCAUUCGGGGCAGAAUGAAGGCGGCCGUCUACGACUUAUUGAAGCAAUAUUACCAAGUCGAAAGCAACUUCCAGCUGGGUUCGUACGACAAAUGCGUGAUGGCACUUCGCGACAAACACAAGGACGACAUACAGGCGGUCGCCGACAUCAUAUUCUCACACAACCAGGUCGCUAAGAAGAACCUUCUGGUGACCCUAUUGAUUGACCACCUGUGGUCCAACGAGCCCGGCCUGACGGACGAGCUGGCCGCCAUCUUGAAUGAGCUGACGUCACUGCACCGCGCCGAGCACAGCCGCGUCGCUCUCCGGGCGCGACAAGUACUUAUCGCCGCGCACCAACCGGCGUACGAGCUCCGACACAACCAGAUGGAGUCCAUAUUCCUGUCGGCCGUGGACAUGUACGGACACGACUUCCAUCCGGAGAACCUUCAGAAGCUCAUCCUCUCCGAGACUUCAAUAUUCGACAUACUGCAUGAUUUCUUCUACCACACCAACCAAGCGGUAAUAAACGCCUCCCUGGAAGUGUACGUCCGCCGCGCCUACACCUCGUACGAGAUCCAGUGCCUCCAACACCUGGACCUGUCGGGGGAGCUGAGCGUGGUGCACUUCCAGUUCGUGCUGCCCACCGGACACCCUAACAGAAUUCCGCUGAGCCAAUCAGAAAUCGAGCUGGCAUCCGCCCAGGACGCCGAAGGCAUACCGGCCGAGCUCUGCACCGCCGCUAUGAAGAAAUGCCACCACCGCACUGGGGCGUUGGCGGCGUUCGACUCUUUCGAACAUUUCGCGCAAUAUGCUGACGAGUUACUGGACUUGGUUAAUGACUUCGCGAGUACAGCCAGCGUGAGGAGAGAGGAUUUGCAAGCUUUGCAGGACGGCAGCGAGAGCCGAGGCGACAGUACCAGCAUCAACGUCGGUAUGGACUAUAAGCCCAAUGACACGGAGGAGGCGAAUUUGGAGCCUAUUCACAUUCUAAUGAUCGGAGUCCGAGACAACGGCGAAAGCGAUGACGUGGCAUUAGCGAGGAGAUUCGGAGGCUUCUGCCGCGCUCACCGACAGGAGCUCCACCAGAAGAGGAUCAGGCGUGUCACCUUCAUGUCUCUCAUCAAACGCCAAUUCCCCAAAUUCUUCACCUACCGCGCCCGUAACGACUUCACCGAAGACACGAUCUACCGCCACCUGGAGCCCGCUUCGGCCUUCCAGCUGGAGCUGUACAGGAUGAGGAGCUACGAACUGGAAGCCCUGCCUACCAGCAACCAGAAGAUGCACCUGUACUUGGGAAAAGCCAAGGUUAAGAAGGGACAAGAGGUGACCGAUUACCGCUUCUUCAUCCGCUCCAUCAUCAGACACCAGGACCUCAUCACGAAGGAGGCCAGUUUUGAGUACCUGCAGAACGAGGGAGAAAGAGUGCUGUUAGAGGCCAUGGAUGAGCUGGAGGUAGCUUUCUCGCACCCGCUGGCCAAGAGGACCGACUGCAACCAUAUCUUCCUCAACUUUGGACCCACGGUCAUCAUGGACCCGUCCAAGAUCGAGGAAUCAGUCCUCGGCAUGGUGAUGCGCUACGGACCCCGACUCUGGAAACUCAGGGUUCUGCAGGCGGAAAUCCGUUUCACACUGAGAAUAGGGCCCGGCGCCCCAACAAAGAAUGUGAGGCUGUGCCUGUCCAACGGCUCCGGCUACACCCUGGACGUGUACACUUAUGAGGAGGUCUCGGACCCGAGGACUGGUGUCAUAAUGUUCCAAUCGUUCGGAGCACGCCAGGGCCCCAUGCACGGCCUGCCCAUCUCCACUCCCUACGUCACCAAGGAUUAUCUGCAGCAGAAGAGAUUUUUGGCAACGUCACAAGGCACGACGUACGUGUACGACCUGCCCGACAUGUUCCGACAGGUCGUCGAGAGGAGGUGGCGAGAAUGCAUCGAGGACGGCAGCGUUGAAGGACCGGCACCAGAUAAUGUCAUGGCAGCUGUAGAGCUGGUGGUGGAGCCCGAAGGCGAAAGAAGAGUGGUGGAAGUGACCAGACUGCCUGGGCAAAAUACCGUCGGCAUGGUAGCGUGGCGCUUGACCCUCUUCACGCCGGAGUGUCCCAAGGGUCGUGACAUCAUCGUCAUAGCGAACGACCUGACCUACUACAUGGGUUCCUUCGGACCUCAGGAGGACUGGGUCUACUAUAGGGCUUCGCAGUACGCCAGGGAGCGAAAGAUUCCUAGGCUAUACAUAAGCGUGAAUUCCGGCGCUCGCAUCGGCGUCGCCGAAGAAGUGAAACAAGCAUUCAACGUCGCUUGGAUCGAUGCCGAGAGGCCGGAGCGAGGCUUCAAAUACUUAUACCUGACGCCGGAGGCCUACAGCCGGCUUGGGCCUCUCGGUUCUGUCAAAACGGAACUUAUUGAUGACGAGGGUGAAUCGAGAUAUAAAAUCACUGAUAUUAUUGGCAAAGAAGACGGUCUCGGCGUGGAGUGCCUCCGCGACGCGGGCCUCAUCGCCGGCGAGACGGCGCAGGCCUACGAGGACGUGGUCACCAUCUCCGUCGUCACGUGCCGCGCCAUCGGCAUCGGCGCCUACGUCGUCAGACUCGGCCAUCGAGUCAUCCAAGUAGAGAACUCCUACAUCAUCCUCACUGGCUACGCGGCCUUGAACAAAGUGCUCGGCCGCGCUGUGUACGCCAGCAACAACCAACUCGGAGGGAUACAGAUAAUGCACAACAACGGUGUGACACAUGCCGUCGCACCUACGGAUUUAGAUGCUGUCGCCACUGCGGUUAGGUGGCUGUCGUACGUGCCUAAGGAUAAACUAUCAAUGGUGCCAAUCAUGCGAGUCUCAGACCCGAUCGAGCGGGCCGUGGAAUGGAAGCCUCCUCGCGCAGCGCACGACCCGCGGUUGAUGCUCACUGGCGACGGAGCCCGCGCCGGGUUCUUCGACGUCGGAACCUUCGAUGAGGUCAUGAAGCCGUGGGCGCAGACGGUUAUUGCCGGGCGCGCCCGGCUGGGCGGCAUCCCGGUGGGCGUGGUGGCCGUGGAGACGCGCACGGUGGAGCUCACGCUGCCCGCCGACCCCGCCAACAAGGACUCCGAGUCCAGGACGCUGCAGCAGGCCGGCCAGGUCUGGUUCCCUGACUCCGCGUAUAAGACGUCGCAGGCCAUCAACGAUUUCUCCCGCGAGGGUCUGCCCAUCAUCAUCUUCGCCAACUGGCGCGGGUUCAGCGGGGGACAGAAGGAUAUGUACGAAGAAAUCCUUAAAUUCGGAGCGGAGAUCGUCCGCGCCCUCCGCCACGCCACCGCGCCCGUGCUGGUGUACAUCCCGCCCGGCGGAGAGCUCAGAGGAGGCGCGUGGGCCGUCGUCGACCCCAGCGUCAACAGCGCGCGCAUGGAGAUGUACGCCGACCCGGAGGCCAGGGGUGGUGUCCUAGAAGCCGAAGGUAUCGUGGAGGUGAAGUUCAAGCAGCGGGACACGCUCAAGGCGAUGCAGCGGUUGGACCCUGAGCUGCAGAGGCUAAAUGCCAGGAUAGCAGAACUAAAAGAACAAAUUGGCGAUCUAUCCAAGAGGUUCGACCGUCGCGGCUCCAUCGACGACGUGCUCGUGCGGACGGAGGCCGGCCGCGAGGCCGAAACCAAGGCCCGGGAGCUCGAGACCGAGUUGCAGCAGUGCGAGAAGAACGCUAAACAGAGGGAGAAGGAACUACAGCCUAUAUAUCACGAGAUCGCGGUACAGUUCGCCGAGCUGCACGACACAGCGGAAAGAAUGUUAGAAAAAGGCUGUAUAUUUGACAUCAUUCCGUGGAAGGAGUCCCGCCGCUUCCUCUACUGGCGCUUAAGGCGACUGCUCCUCCAGAACCAGCAGGAGCGGCGCGUGCAGGCCGCGGCGCGCCAGGCGGCCGAGGACAUGGACCAGGGCGCCGCCGCCGCCACGCUGCGCCGCUGGUUCACCGAGGACCAGGGCGAGACGCAGUCCCACCAAUGGGAGCGCGACAACGAAGCGGUCUCCAAGUGGUUUGAGGCUCAAACUGCCGAUGACAACUCCGUACUCGAGAGGAAUCUGCGCGCCAUCAAACAGGACUCUGUCAUGAACGCCGUCAACCACCUUGUAAUGGAACUCACGCCGUCGCAACGAGCCGAGUUCAUCAGGAAACUCACAACUUUAGAAUUGGAGCAAUAAAACACCGGUAGAUAGAACAAAUUAUAUUUAAAGCCAUAGGCGCCAUAUCACUCAACCCGCUCACUGCCCGGGGACCCACAGCACUGAAAGUGUUAAUAUUACUCUCAAAUGAACGUGAAAAAGGCAUUAUAAAACGCAAAAUUAAUGUACAUCACUUAUUUUAUAUAAGGUUUGUUGUUUAUUAUUUUUAUAAUUACGUUCAGUUGUAUAAAAGCAAUAUUUAUUCCUAAAAUUGUUACCUUUUUGUAAUAUAGGAUAAAUAAUUCCACCGUGCAAUACUCAUGAUUUUCAAAACGACUUAAAACAAAAUAGCGUCAAUUUUAAAUCUGUACACAAUUUCAAAUGUAUAUAACUAUUGGCUGACAUUCGAAUGUUAAUUUAGUUUUUUAAUUUGUAUGCACUGUAACUAAGUGUAAUUUUUUAUUAGUUUUAGAUUUAGGUCCGUCCGAUUCAGACUUAAAGUCUUUAAAGAGGUGUUUUAAGGAUUAUUCUAAGAAACAACCGUUUACCAAUAUAAAAAAGUAGAACAGCGUUAAAUAAAUAAAUAAACUACAACAGUUAGGGUUUUUGGGUAAGAGGAGUAUAAACAAUAUUUUUAUGUUUAUCUAUACUCUGUAUCUUUAGGUUUUUAAAUAAAAAUAAACAAAAUCUACCCUCAAAUGGCUCCUUAAGCCAGUUGAGGGUAGAUGAAAACAUUACAUGAUCAAAUAAUGUAGGCUAAAAUCAGGUCGCUCAGUGACAGAUCCAGGCGGUUUUAUAUUUGGUUGAUUAACCAAUAAAUGUUAUAAAUACCGUUGAUUAACCAAUAAAUUUGUAAAAUAAAUAACUACCCGAAAUUUUACAAAUUGUUUGUUAACUUUUAUUUAAAUACCUAAAGAUACAGAGUAGAGUGUUGGUUGGAACUCGAGUCCGUUGACUCUAAAUUUGAAGGACUCGACUCGUAUUUACGAGACUGCGCUUAAAAAACUUUCGAGUCUUAAGUCCCGUUUCAGCUCGACCCUGCGAAUAAAAACUCCGCCAAUAACUGGGUAGGUUUUAUCUAAACGAACAGUAAAGGAAAUAGGCGUUAUUGUAUGAUUUGUGUACAUACAAAUGUUAUGUAAAGAUGAUUAGUUAUGAUUUUUUUUUAUAAAAAACAGAGUUCUCUGAAAAUGUCUCAAGUCUCUACAAAAGACUGUAGACAGUCGCUAACAAGUUGAAAUGAACUAAAGUUUCGACUUAAUAUUAGUCUAAAAAACUGAGUCGAGUCUAGCAGAUGACUCAAAAAGGACUCGAGUCUUAACCAACUAUAUGUUUAUCCAAGGGUUAGUGUAGUGUAUAUAGAAAUGAACAAAAUACAUUAUUACGUAUGUUUUACUGUUUAUAAUAAGUGAGGGUAAAAACCAAAAAUAUGAUAUAAUCUUGUUUAAAUCUCAUUUAUCCUGUAGAAGGUACAAAAUUUACAUUCCCUAUACAUAAUUAUUUAUAUUUUCUAGGCCUUUUAGUAUAUAAAAGGUGCUGGUAUUUUAUCACAAUUUUGCAAUUUAAAUGAACAAACAUAUGUAUAAUUGAGUUGAUUAUGUUUAUUUUUAUACUAUUCUGUUUAAAAUGCGUCUCCCAAUUUGAUAAAAUUUGUAGUAACUUUGUUACAUUUGUUGGCACUCAAAUAAAAACCUGUUUAAAAAAUCUGGUCUAAACAUUGCUCUCUUUAAAGUGAUAACGAAAUAUAGCGACUCAACUCAAAAAUGUAUUAAAUUCAAUUCUAAACAGCCGUUAUACGAGUCGGUUUUUUGUUGAGUCGGACCAAGAUAAGUUGGCAGCUAUUUUGAUAGCCCAGACGGUGAAAGUGUUAUUUUAAACGUCAAACAUCUAUGAAAUUAUGACGUUUACUUAACACUUGCACAGACUGGGCUAUCGUUGCCAACUUAGCUUGGACGGACUCUAAUUAUUUUGCGUUAGGUCACUAUAUCGCUAAGUCAAGAGACAUAUUUUCGAAUAAAAUUAAUACGCUAAGCAGAAAACGUUUAUCCUCCUAAGGCCCAAGGGCCUGCCUAUAGUACGUCUUCAGUUCAAUGAAAUUUAUAUAAUUUUCAAUUGGUACAUGGUCGCUUUUGCAUUGAUUCGUUCAAUUAUCAAACAACGCAAAACCAACUUUAUUGCCUACACAAUAAGUUUAAAUUUCAGCGGUAAAUUUUUGAUUUUUAUUUUGUAUGGCUGGGCCUUAGGAGGAUAAAACUGAAAAAGAGUGACGGUGCAUAUUAAAAGGGCUCACUGUGUCUGUUGACAAAGUUACAAUCAGAAAAAAAUGUUUUCACAUCACAUAUCCGGAAGAGGGUUUUUUCUACCCUGCUAGGAGGUAUCUAAGUGAUAUGAUAUGUAAAGUGUAUUUGUAAGACUUUUCUUCAUUGUUAAGAGUUUUAUAACUAUGUAUCUAUCAGUGGCGGAUCGUUCAAAGAACUCAAUUCCCACUGGCUUGUCUAAUUUCAGCCCGUUGAGUCCUUUCACGAUCGGUUCAUGGAGAAAAGGAAAGCAAAAUUAGCUCCGGGUUCCCUACGAAUAUUUGUGACGCGUCGCCACUGGUAUCUAUGACAAUAUUUGAUUAGCUCACGAAGUACUAAAAGCAACACAGUGCAGUAAAGUUUACGACAGGUUACUUACGAGUAACUUAGUCCACUAUCCUCGUGCCGCCCAAUGUACAUUACGAUGUACAUUCUAUUUCAAUGAAAUUUCAACUUUCAUGAAAACGAACAAAGUAGCAUUUCUUUUGUGUUAUUUUUUUGUUGUUAAUAAAUGAAAUAAAAAUACAAUCAGCGGUGGCAGCAUGGUUCCAUUUUUAUCACCUGUCACUACGCCCGUCACUUUCGCACUUACAUACUUGUUAGAAUGCGACAGGCAUGGUGACAAAUGAUAAAGAGCUGACCAUCUUAGCCCAGCAGAUAUGAACUGUCGGCUAAAUGCGCAUACACCAAUAUUGUAAUAGGCAUUUCGUUUACACUAUUUUGAAUAAAGUUCUAAGUUUAUCUGUACUAGAUAUGCUCAAUAUUUUCUACUAUAUUGGUCAUCGCUCGGUUGAGACCGGAAUUCUAGUGGUUGUUUGAACUGUCAUUAGGGACUUCUCUAUUAUCGACUUUCGAUAUACCUAUAUCGAUAUAAUGUAGAAUCAAAAAAUAUUUACAAGAAUUUUUUUUAUACUCAUCAUCAUCAUCACUUUACUCACCGGCAGGAACACAACACUAUGGGUAGGGUAGCAUUAAAAAUAGAGGUAAAUAACAAGCGAUGUUAUCAUUAAAGAGCGAUCUCUUCCAGAUAACGUUUGAGUAGUUGUAAACGCGAAAUAGGUAUGUGCAACGAAAACUUAAUAGUUAAUCGUUUCACAUUUAAUUACUUCAAAUGCGUGUUUUUUUUUCAAUUUCAAGUUCAAAGUCUGUUUCGGUGCUUAUAAAUAUUCGAUUACUUUAUUUGUAAAAUAAAUAAGUAGUGUUUUUUCCAUAUUAUCUGCUUAAUUUUAAUUAUUUCGCAGUCAGAUAACCAGUAACUAUUAUAACGUUUUAAUAUGUUGUAGUCUAAAUUUUAUCGUUAUAUGUGAUAUUGUUCAAUUUCACGUUCAAAGUCUGUUUCAGUGCUUAAAAAUAUUCGAUUACUUUAUUUAUAAAAUUAAUAAGUAGUUUUUUUUCCAUAUUAUCUGCUUAAAUUAAUUAUUUCGCAGUCAAAUAACCAGUAACGAUUAUAUUUUUUUAAUAUUUUGUGUUUUGAAUUUUAUCGAUAUAUGUGUAUCGGUAGUCGAUAAAUGUGAACUCCCUAUGACAGUUAAAUAUGACACAAUAAUUCCGGUCUCUGACCAUGACCGAUUUCAAAAUUGGUCAUUUUUCCUAUCAUGUACAGUCAAGUUAUUUAAUAUCGAUACGGGCAGUGACAAAAUCAAUCAUGUAUAGGGACCGUGCGCGUUGGAGGGUCUGCCAUCUUGUGGCCUGAAUCAGAACCAAAAACAUGUACAUUUAUAUGUGACGUGUUUUCUUAUGCGUAGUAGGUGCUGCCAUCUUGUGGGUUACAUCGGGACAAUAAAUAUCUCAUUUACGCCUCGCGCCAAAAAUCUGACGGCUCAUGUGCUGCCUCCAACAGUCCAUGCACGCUCCCUAUAUAUAGGCAAUAAGGUGGUGUAUACAUAUUUUUGACACUUUGUCCGUAUCGAUAUUUAAUACCUUUACUGUACGUGUCUGUUUUUGAGUUCGGUCUUUUUGGUAAAAUGUUGCGAAAUGUACAGAAUUCAGUUCUUUCAGUAUAGUAAAUCAGAAUAACUGUAACAUAAGCACUAGCCAUGGCUCUUAUUGCAGGGUAUUUGCUUAUACUUUCGCCAAUCCUAGCGUUAUUUGUUACUGAUUAACUGAAAAAAAAAAAGGUAAUAUUAAUCAGGGUUCGGUGAGAAACAUUUAUUUACUGUAGAAAUUGUUAAUUUAUAAGUAUUUUAGUACCUAACUUAUUUGUUAUUACAAUUUGGGGUCCAUUGAUAUAUUUAUUUUAAGUAAUCUGUCUGGGUAUAUUCUAUUUCAAAAACUGCGCAAAAAAUCUCUGUUUAUUUAAAUAUCGGUAGCAAACAGGCAUACGGCUUGAAGGUAAGUGGUCACUGUAGCCUAUGUAGGUGUUCACCAGUAUCAACAGCUUUACAAAUUGUUUGUUUACUUUUAUUUAAAUACCUAAAAAUGUAAACUUUAUAUUAUCUGCCUAUCAUGUUUUAUUCAUCUAACAUUUAAAGGGCCAUAUGUACUGUAAAACGUUGUACGAUACAAGUGCGAAAAAUAGGAAAUUCGAAACGAGUGGCGACAAAUUAAAACACGACCGAAGGGAGUGUUUUAAAUCGACACGAGUUGCGAAUUGCCUAUUCGCAUAUGUAUCGUACAAUGUUUUACAGUACAUAUGGCCCUUUAAAUGUUCGACACAGUAACGUAAUAUGCUAAUUUUCGCACUAGUGCGCUAAAGUAGCACCAUAUGUACUGUAAAUAUUCUUUACGCCCUAGUGCGAUGAUUAGCACAUUACGUAAUUAUGUCGAAAAUUUGAAGGGCUAUAUAUACGGUAAAAUGUCGUUCGAUACAUGUGCGAAUAGGCAAUUCACAACUCGUGUGGAUUUAAAACACGACCGAAGGGAGUUAUUCUUAGUUUAGUCAAUAAUUAUUUGCGCAGAUAAUUUGGAAAUAGAGUAUGAUUUUAGUAUACGAUAAUAUGUCGGUCGCACGAUGUCUAUGUUCGGACGUAUCGUGUAAAUGCAAUAUAAUUGUUUUUGGUAUGGCGGUCCUCACUAUGGAUGUGCUCUGGUGCGUGAGCGGGACGCUACAUAGCGCUGUCUCGCUCACACACCGGCGUGAUGACCGCGUAUAUCGCAUAUCGUAGGUAUGCUUGUAUAGGUGUUUGUUGGUUUAUAUGCAUGAAGUUUCCAAUAAAAGGCUGUUAAAAA